UAAGGUGGGUGUCUGUAAUGAGAACAUAGGCUUCUCGCUAGUUCCCGAUGCGGAAACUAACAGAACUGGAUAAGUCAUGGAGGUACAACCGCAGAACUCCACCUCCCAGAAUUCUAACUUCCAUGUGCGCGUCCUGGCAGUAAACCGGACCAAACGUCACAUUCCUGCAUUCCCGUCCGUGUGUCAGAGACGUUGCUAGCUAGCUAAUCUUUUCCUCCCCGGACACAUUUCUUUCCGAAAAAGCACCCAUGCCAGGACUCAUGACACUGCAAAAGGGGAUUUAAAAUCAGGAGGUGCUUUCGGAUUCUGCAUCCAUCUGAAUCCACGAAACGGGUCCUGCCCUUCUGCCCUCCCCCGCCAGUGGCUGGUUGCCAUGGAGAACUCGUCGGUGGCGUCCGCGUCGUCGGAGGCGGGCAGCACGCGCUCGCAGGAGAUCGAGGAGCUGGAGCGCUUCAUCGACAGCUACGUGCUGGAGUACCAGGUGCAGGGUCUCCUGAGCGACAAGAGCGAGGCGGACGCCGACGGAGAGAAGCCCCACAUCUCACAGUGGACUGAGAACUGCAGUGACAAGAUAGAUGGAAGCUGGUCGUCCUCUCGUGGGCGGGGCUCUUCUAAGCCGGACGAGUGGGAGCACAGCAGCAACGGCAGCACCGGGUCCCGGCCCAGCUCGGGGUCACGACCUGGUUCCGGGUCCAGGUCUGGCAGCCGCGGAAGAAACAAUCAGUUCAGACCCCCGGCAAAGAACGGAAACAGAGAGGGGUCAUUUGACAUCCUGGGCACAGACAUAUGGGCAGCCAACACCCUGGACUCACAUGGUGGGGCGACCUGGGACCUGCAGCCAGAGAAGCUGGACUUCACCCAGUUCCACCGGAAGCCCUUCCGGGGCACCCCGAAACACCUCCCACACAUCGACCGAGAGGGGAUGAUGAAAGGCAAAUUCGAUGAUGACGAUGGUAUCGACCUGAACGACAUGGAGAAGUUCCUGCCUGGCUUGACGGUCUUCCCGCCCCUGUCGACUGAAGCCGAAAUCGCGCACACCAAAAAGCUCUUCCGUCGCAGGAGGAACGACCGUCGACCCGCCCAUCUCUCCCCGGACCAGCUAACCGUGAUGCUGCCCGCCGAUGGGACGCGGAUAGUCACCAGGAGACAGCAGCGACUACCUGCAGGAGCCAAGUCCCAGAAUCCUCAGCUUCAGCAGCAGCAGCCGUCGCAGCAACAGUCGCAACCGCAGCAACAGCAGCAGCAGCAGCAGCAGCCGCAGCAACAGCAGCCGCAGCACCCUCCAGCCCAGCAGCAGCAGCAGCAGCAGCAGCAGCCCAAACAGCCACAGCCGCCGAACACAGAGCACCCGUCCGGCAACAGCAAGUACGCCCGGGAUCAUGGCCGACAGUUCCAGGGCCCGGGCCCGCACCCGUCCGGGCGACAGGGCCAAACCCACCACGGCUACAGCCAGAACCGCCGCUGGCACCACAACCAGAAGCAGCCGGCAGCCGCGGGGGGCGAGAAAGGAGCGCCCAGAAACACCAAAGAGACUGAGAAUGUGAGGGCCGAGGAGCCUGCCCCCCCGAGGCCGGACCCCGCCCCUGACAAGGCCCGCAGCGAGGGGCCCAAGCCCGGCUCCGCAGCGGAGGACAAGCGCCGGGACAGCAAUGCGGAGGGCCCCAGGGUCAGCCUGCUGCAGUCGUCCAAGGAGAGGCUGAGGAGGAGGCUAAAAGAGAAGGAUGACGUCCCCGUGGCGACCACCAACCCGCGGAGGAACCGCAUGGACAAGCUGAUGGAGAUCCUGAACAGCAUGCGGAACAACAGCAGCGAGGUGGACGGCCAGCUCACCACCUUCAUGGAGGAGGCGCAGAACUCCACCAACUCGGAGGAGAUGCUGUCCCAGAUCGUGCACACCAUCUACCAGAAGGCCGUCAGCGACCGCAGCUUCGCCGCCACGGCCGCCCGGCUCUGCGACAAGAUGGCCCUCUUCAUGGUGGAGGGCACCAAGUUCCGCUCCCUGCUGCUCAACAUGCUCCAGAAGGACUUCACGCGCAGGGACGAGCUGCAGCAGUCGGACGUGGAGCACUGGCUGGGCUUCAUCACCUUCCUCUGCGAGGUCUUCGGCAUCAUGAGGAGCAGCGCAGGGGAGCCCUUCCGGGUGCUGGUGUGCCCCAUCUACACCUGUCUCAGGGAGUUGCUGGAGUCUGCAGAGGUGAAGGAGGAUGCAGUUUUAUGCUGUUCUAUGGAGCUGCAGAGCACCGGCCGGCUCCUGGAGGAGCAGCUGCCCGAGAUGAUGACGGAGCUGCUGGCGGCGGCGCGGGACAAGAUGCUGUGUCCGUCCGAGUCGCAGCUGACGCGCUCCCUGCUGAUGGAGGUCAUCGAGCUGCACGCCCACCAGUGGAGCCCCCUGGAGGCGCUCACCACACAGUACUACAACAGGACCAUCCAGAAGCUCACGGCCUGAGCCCAGACCCCACAGAGGCCUGGGGGUGCAGGGCGGGGAGGGGGAGGGCAGGGCGGGGCGGGGGGGAUCACAGACAGUCUGAAAUGAGCGCAGGGUAAAGGGGCGUGUCCCUCGCCAGCAAGGAGAGGGGAGGACGACAAAAGGCGCGUGUGGGGGAGAGGUGUCCCAGCAUGCCGUUCGGGGACGGGGUCCUUUGAGGUGAAAGGGGG